AUGGCACCAGGAGGACCACCAGGUGCAGCCGGCCGUGGCAGAGGCGGUAAAUUCAAGAAGUUCACACGAGGAGGCGGCAAGCAUUUCUCUCGUAACCUCCGACCCCUCGACGCCGACGGAAACGAAGUCCAAGACCGCAAUGCCGACGCCUCAUCAUCCGAAGAAGAUUCGUCCGAGGAAGAAGAAUCCUCAUCCGAAGAAGAAGACAUGAACAAGCCCUCCCUAACCCGCGAAGAGCGCCGUGCCGCCGCCAAAGCCAAAAAAGAAGCCGCCAUCGCCAAAAAGAAGGGCGUCCCCCAACCCGGCGACAUGCCAUCUUCCUCGGAAGAAGAAAGUGACGACGAAGACGACAUGCCAGCGAACCCAAACCACUCCAAAGCCGCGCGCAACCAAGCCAAAGCUGCCCCAGUAGCAGUCGAAGAGGCGACUGAAGGAGUCAAGGAUAUGUCCGUAGGCGGAAAAGGCAAGAAACCAGCCGCGGAACUCAGUCGUCGCGAACGCGAGGCGAUCCAGGCACAGCAGGCUAAGGAACGGUAUCAGAAGUUGCAUGAGGCGGGAAAGACCGACGAGGCCAAGGCGGAUCUGGCAAGACUGAAGUUGAUUCGGGAGAAGAGGGAGCAGGAGGCUGCGAGGAAGAUGGCGGAGAAAGAGGAGAAGGAUGAGGCGGAGAAGGAGAAGAAGGCUGAGAUUGACGCGAGGGAGGCGAAGAGGAGGGAGGCGGCUAUGGGAUCGAGUAGUAAGGGGAAGGGGAAGAAGAAGUAG